AUGCAGGCUAGCUGGGGGCCCUGGGCAGACCUGGCCAACGUCUCUGGGGGUUUCCUGGACGAGAUGCUCUUGUUGCCUGAGUCCCCCCAUGGCCUGAGGGUAACGACGGCGCUGAUCUACUCGCUAGUGUGCGCCCUGGGGCUGACGGGCAACCUGCUGGUGCUGAGGCUGGCAGCGGGCACAGGCUGGAGGGGCCAAGCGGCCGGGGACCGCCUGGUCUUCCAGUUGGCGCUGGCCGGAAUCCAGUUGGCGUUGGCGCUGCCCUUCUGGGCUGCCGAGUUGGCGCUGGACUACACUUGGCCCUUUGGCCACGCCAUGUGCAAGCUGGUGCUGUCCGUCACCGUGCUCAGCGUCUACGCCAACGCCUUCUUCCUGACCGCCCUGAGCGUGGGGCGCUACCGGGCGGCGGCCGGCCGCGACCUCCGACCCCGCAGGGGCGCCAUCUGCUGGGUCACCUCAGCCAUCUGGCUGGGAGCGGGCAUUGCCAGUCUCCCGGCCGCCAUCUACGCCCAGACGAUCUCGGUCAACGGCGAGGAGCUCUGCAUCCAGCGGUACCCGGACAGCUGGCACUGGUCGGAGGUCUACAAGCUGCAGAGGAUCGCCCUGACAUUCCUGGCACCGGUGGUGGCCAUUGGCAUCAGUUACGCCCAGCUCCUGCGGCUGCUGAGGGGGCGGGAGUCAGGGGUCACCCGCCCCAGCCCAGCCCGCCUGAUGCCCACCAUAGCGGCCGCCUUCUUCCUCUGCUGGCUGCCCAACCACGCCAUCGCCCUCUGGGAGGUGCUGGUGCGGCUGGGGGCGGUGCCCUGGGGCCCGCCCUACCUUGCCGCCCACACCUACGUGCACCCGCUCACCAUCUGCUUGGCCAACGCCAACAGCUGCUUCAACCCCAUCCUCUACUGCCUGGCGCGCAGGGAGUUCCGCCGGACGCUGAGGGCGGACCUGGCCCGGCUCGCUCAGCGCCGCCACCCGCUCGGCUGCCCCCGCUCCUCCUCCUCCUCCCCACGCCCCGGGGGCCACGGGGCACCCGACCUGCCCCUCCACCAGCUGGACAGCCAAGCCAACUGCAGCAGCGGGCACUGCACCCCUUCCCCCAACACCUCGGUGGCAGCCCAGGAGAUCUGA